UCCACAUUUCUCAGCAAAACCAAAUCAAACGACCUCUAAAGAUCACCACCAUUUUCUUUGAGAUAUCAUUCGAGUUGUGAAAAUGGCGAGCAAGCCAGGAGGAGAGAGAAAGCCAGCAGCUGAUCAGGGAAGCGAUGCGAAGUUAGAGCAGGCAAUGAAGGACAGUCCGUACGUCCAAUCCGAUAACUUGGAGGAUUACAAGCGCCAGGGGUACGGAACCGAGGGACAUCAACAGGUCCAGCCGGGUCGGGGCGCCGGAUCCACCGAUGCUCCGACUGUUUCCGGGGCUAAUGUUUCCUCCAAGGCGGAUGUUACCGCCUCUGAAACUAUCAACAGCCAAGGAGUUAAUUAGGUUUCUUUUAUUGAAUGCAAGGCAUUUGUGUUGUUAUUAUUAAGGCAUUGGUAUUGUAAUGUUGUUUCUGUGUAAAAAUGCAAGGCAUUUGUGUUGUUAUUAUUAAUGCAUUGGUAUUGUAAUGUUGUUUCUUUGUAUGAAUGCAAGGCAUUUGUGUUGUUAUUAAUAAUGUAUUGGUAAUAUUGUAAUGUUGUUUAA